AUGAAGCACGUUACGUGUUCGGGCAGCCCCUAUCAAAUAGGGCAACAGCACGGCCAGGCCGCCAAAACCGAGAUCGAUGGAAGUAUCGCAUUCUACACCGAGUUUUUCGAGCAAAGAGCCAAACUGUCGUGGCCGCAGGUGCGCGACGUCGCACGGGGGUUUCUCCCAUGGCUGGAAGCCUCGUUUCCAGAAUACGUCGACGAGAUGAAAGGCGUGGCCGAUGGUGCUGGACUGGAAUUGGAGUCUAUUGUCGCUCUCAAUGUCCGCACCGAAAUCGCAUUCGGCUUGAUGAGUGAUGGGUGUACAGCUCUGUCCUGGAAGACGUCGGACGCAAGUUUUCUGGCUCAGAAUUGGGACUGGAGGUUUGAACAAACUCCGAACAUGGUCGCACUCAGGAUCGAGCAACCGCCCAAGCCAACAAUACACAUGAUGACCGAAGGCGGGAUCAUUGGCAAGAUUGGCCUCAACUCGGCCGGUGUCGGGGUCACACUCAACGCCAUCAUGGCGCCUGGCGUCUCUUACGACAAGCUCCCAUGCCAUCUGGCGCUCAGGACCGUGCUCAACAGUACGUCCAGAGAAGAAGCCGAGACUAUUCUGCGACGAGUGGGAGUCGCGUCAGCGUGUCAUAUCACCAUCGCCGAUGCGUCAACGGGUGGCAUAGGUCUUGAAUGUACUGCUCUCGAUAUCGUGGAAAUGCCUAUGGAUCAGAAUGGAACUUGCACACACUCGAAUCACCUGGUCAAACAGCACAAGGUAGAGGACAAGUUGUUUCUCCAAGACUCUCCUUUCAGACUGAACCGGAUCCAGGAGUUGAUGAACGGAAUUGACAAGCCGUCUGUGGAGAAAUUGAGCGAGAUCUUGAAGGACGAGAAAAACUAUCCCACUGCCAUUUGCCGAGCACUUGGUGAGAAAAGUACCAGCGAAACGCUGUUCUCGAUCGUGAUGGACUUGACACAGGGCUUCGCACAGGUGAAGAUGGGACGACCAACGGAAGACGGAGAAGUGUUUGAGUUGAAGCCAUAA